CUGCAUUAUUUAAGAGGCUAAGAAGAGGGAGCAAAAGCAAGAACACUCAUCUUUGGAGAAGGGGGUGAUGGGUUCCAAAGCUCUCUUCUUCUUUGCUCUCUUGUCCUUCUCUGCUGUGGCUAUCAAGCCUACUUUUGCAGAGAAUGAAGAGGACCCAGGCCUUGUUAUGAACUUCUACAAGGACGCAUGCCCUCAAGCUGAAGAUAUUAUCAGAGAACAAGUUAAGCUUCUGUACAAGCGCCACAAGAACACUGCAUUCUCAUGGCUGAGGAACAUUUUCCAUGACUGUGCCGUCCAGUCAUGCGAUGCUUCACUUCUACUGGAUUCUACAAGGAGGGACUUGUCUGAGAAAGAAACAGACAGGAGCUUUGGGCUUAGGAACUUCAGAUACCUUGAUACCAUAAAAGAAGCUGUGGAAAGGGAGUGCCCCGGGGUGGUUUCUUGCGCAGAUAUCCUUGUGUUGUCUGCAAGAGAUGGCAUAGUUUCGCUUGGUGGCCCUUAUAUCCCUCUAAAGACAGGGAGAAGGGAUGGUAGGAGGAGCCGUGCAGAUGUGAUCGAGCAGUACCUCCCCGACCACAAUGAGAGCAUCUCUGUGGUUCUCGACAGGUUUGCAGCCAUGGGCAUUGAUACCCCUGGAGUUGUUGCCCUGUUAGGAGCCCAUAGUGUGGGUCGAACCCACUGUAUCAAGUUGGUGCACCGAUUGUACCCGGAGGUAGACCCUGCAUUCAACUCGAAUCAUGUGGAGCACAUGCUCAAGAAAUGCCCGGAUCCGAUCCCGGAUCCAAAGGCUGUGCAGUACGUGAGAAACGACCGUGGGACACCCAUGAAGCUGGACAACAACUACUACAGGAACAUAUUAGACAACAAAGGGUUGCUGAUAGUGGACCACCAGCUAGCCAAUGACAAGAGGACUAAGCCCUAUGUGAAGAAGAUGGCCAAAAGCCAAGACUACUUCUUCAAGGAGUUCGCCAGGGCCAUUACCAUCCUCUCUGAGAACAACCCUCUCACUGGUACAAAGGGUGAAAUCAGAAAGCAGUGUAGUGUAGCCAACAAGCACCACUAGGAACCUGGCUACAACCAAUGGCAAAUGGAUGCCUCCAGCUUUUCUCAUGUCUUCGGGAGACGAGAGAACGAGAGGUGGUUGGAAUGUAGAAUAAAAAUGGUCUUGUUUUUUUAUUACCUUUCCCUAUGCACAGUGGCGUGAUGAUGGUGGUGACCACAUGCAUGCAUUGUUGUUAGUGAGGUAUUUCUCCCUUUUGUACUUGGUGGAUUCUGUUGAUGUGGUGAUGGGUAUAGGGAUUGAUGGGACGAUGUAUGUAUGGGUGGUGGUGAUGGUGUAUGAUGAUGAUGCAUAGAUUACAAAAAGUUGAUGGUGGUUGGUAAUUUAUGAAUGCAGUCUCUCCC